AUGGAGAAAGCCUUCUGUUCUUUUCUCUUAAUAGUACUCUUGCUGCUUCACUACGUUAUGGCUAGUUCAGCCAUGACCCAAACCAACAUUACCACUGAUCAAUUAGCUCUUCUCUCUUUGAAAUCUCAAAUCAUUUCCGACCCCUCUAACUUCUUGGAUGAAAGUUGGCCUCCCGCUACAUCCGUUUGUCAUUGGGUUGGAGUCACUUGUGGCUCUCGUCACCAGCGAGUGAAGUCCUUGAAUCUUUCCAACAUGGCACUUACAGGCAGAAUUCCCCGGGAAUUUGGAAACCUCACAUUUCUUGUAUCUAUUGACUUGGAAAGCAACAAUUUCCAGGGUAAUUUGCCUCAAGAAAUGGCACGCUUGCGCCGACUUAAGUUUCUUAGGUUAAGUUUCAACAGCUUCAGCGGGGAGGUUCCUUCUUGGUUUGGGUUUUUACACCAACUUCAAGUUCUAAAUCUUAGGAAUAAUAGUUUCACUGGUUCCAUCCCUUCUUCAUUUUCUAAUAUAUCCACCCUUGAGACUUUGAAUCUGAAAUUCAAUUCCAUAGAGGGUCAUAUCCCUGUGUCUCUCUCGAACGCCUCAAGAUUGGAGAAGUUAGAAUUAUCUUACAAUUCACUUCAAGGAGACAUUCCAGAAGGGAUCGGCAAUCUUCACAACAUGAACUGGAUCGAAUUCAUUGCAUUUACUGGCAAUAGCUUAUCAGGAAGUCUUCCCAAUGGUUUAUGCAAUGGUCUCCCA